GAGUUCGUGCUUUCCCCGUCGUCCGUGCCCUGUGAAAACCUAACCCGGGCCUGCACCAACGCCCUCUCCGCCGCUUUCUGACACGACCCACCUCGGCCGUCGCCAUCGUGGCUGCCGUCGAGGCCUCCGCCUUCGCUUCUCAGGUUGCAAUGAACUGAUGGUCAAAGACAAACAUUUGAAGCUAAAAUGUGCUGUGACUAUGGCAUUUAGAGCACUGUGAUUUGUUGAUUCUCUUGCCAUAAUACUUCACUUGAUCAAAACUGGGGUCUUUCACAAACCUGUUGUUAAUGGAGGCGAGGUUCUUUCGGUUCCUCAAAAUUGUUGGUGUUGGGUUCAAAGCAAGAACCGAGGCAGAAGGUCGUCAGCUGUUUCUGAAGCUGGGUUACAGCCAUGAGGUCGAAUUCUCCGUACCUCCAGCCGUCCGAGUCUUCUGCUUCAAACCAAACGUAAUAUGCUGCACUGGCAUAGACAAAGAGAGGGUGCAUCAGUUUGCAGGUGCUGUUCGUAGUUGCAAGCCUCCUGAAGUUUACAAAGGCAAGGGCAUAAUGUACAUUGAUGAAGUGGUGAAGAAGAAGCAAGGGAAGAAGUCAAAGUGAAGCAAAGGACUUUCCAUUUCUUCUUUUAGGUUCACUUGCCUUGUGCUAACAAUUUCCAUGGUAAAAACUUGUAUGAGGAAGCUUCACGAGCUAUAUUUCCAAUCAAAUUUUCGGACGAUGGUCUUCUGGAUGUAAUUAACAUUAAUUCCAAAUAGUUAUAUUUUCUUGCUUUCUCUA